AUGAGAACGCUGGCAGAAAACCAGCGUAAUCUUGAACCUGCUGAAAAGAUGGCUGAGCAAAUACAUGCAUUAAAAGUGGAAGUACAAGAGUGGAAAUCGCGAUACUCGAGAGCUAAAGGACUGGUACGAAACUUGAGAAACUCUGCUUAUGGAGGUAACUCAGUGUUUGCCACACCUGACGUGGGUCUGAGCAAUGAUAGCCCAUAUAUCAGUACUGAAGGCAGAGUUCGCGAUCUCAGUGUGACCAAGUUCCAAGUCGCAGUUGACGAGUUCCUUACGAAAUCUCGAUUGGGUACCACCGAUCUCCUUGACAAUCUUCACAACGUUGUUGUUGCUACAAGACAUAUUACACAAGAUCUCAAUGGACCAGAUGAUGCUUCACCAGUUUCUGAAAAGAUUGAAACAGAGCUUGCUCAAUGUGCCACUUUGGUCUCUAAAACUGCCAACCAGCUGAUCUCGACUACCCGUAAUCACCGUAUCUCUGGUGGAAUGGCCCCAAUAUCGAUUCUCGAUGCUGUAACUUCUGACCUUUCCUUUGCUGUGAUCGAGCUUAUCAAGGUCGCAAAGGUCAGACGAACCAACAACCGUGAUAAUAGAGGAUCAGCCAGCUUCAGUCCCAAGGAAAUUGACGUUUCAAAAGCUUCUCGCUUCAGUGGUAACUCAGUCACCUCACCUGCUGACAUGCACCCGGCUGUGACCCCUACUGAAGACAUUCACAUGGAGCGAUCCGACCCACGAAGAUAUGCCAGUACCAGCAACCAGUUCUCGACCACCAACUUCAACAUCGAAGAUCCCGAUAACACAAUUUCAGAGUUGCAAGGAUAUUUGGAGGAGCAGACGGCGACCGCCAUCGAUUCUAUUCAAUCGCUGCUCACGGCUAUCAAGGACGGAUCGAGUUUGUACGUUCUCCGGCACAACAUGCUCGAUAUCAUCAAGCUCGUGGACAUCACUGUCGUUGCCACCAGCACGUCAAUGAAGCAGACUAAGAACUGGCUCCUCAAAGACAAGGGUUCUUACAUCCUGGAGAACCUCCGCGACUGUUCACAGCGUAUGGCCCAACUGCAAGAAGAGACUAAAAACAUCGACGGUGACUCGAACCCCGACCGACAAGUCAAGCAGCGACUGGCGGGCAUUGCUUUCGACAUGGCCAAGUUCACCAAAGAGCUGGUCAAGACCGUCGAAGAGGUCAGUCUUACCUCGGAGAUCAACCACAUUGACAACCAGCUGAGAUAA